AUGACUACCAAGGGACCUGUCAAUGUUAGCGGAGCCACCGAAUCCUCAGUGCCGCAAGCACUGAAUAGUUAUGUACCUGAGAGACCAGUCAGGAGGAGACUCGAAGUCGACGACAGCUCAUCGGACAGCGAUUGGCAAUUCGAGACACCACUGCGCGCGUCUCGGGAUACAAAAACCCGUUCAAGUAAGAAAGACGAUAAGCGCCAACGUAUGCUGUGCGAAGUGUGUCUGUCUGCUACGGCUGCGGAUGUGAUGACGCUGGAGGAUAUCUGUGGAGCGCUUAAGAAAGUGUGUGACACGUGCCACAGGUGCGUGCAUGUGUACUGCUCAUGCUACCCACUCCCGGAUGAUAUGCAGUUAUCCGAUGAAAUGCCGGCGCGCUUCUGUCAGUUCUGCACACCUCAACGCGUUUACAACCACGAAACCGGCCGCAGUAGCGAUAAAGACCACCGCAUACUGGAUAUGCGAGCCACAUUGAACGCCAGCGGCAACACACAGAAUCCAGUUGAGUACUUCUCCACUGAGCACAGCACAUGGGUUGAAAAGGCGAGAAGUAUCCCGCGCAGACGUGGACGCAUUCAUGCACAGCUUCCUGUACCACAGAGUGCUGGCACGAGCGCCCCACAACAGAUGUGUACGUAA